GACUAUUGUGUCUUGCCCAGCAUUUAACCUCACUUCCUGCCGAAAGCAACUUGCAGUUUAAAGAUUGCACCAAUUUAGAAUGAAGGGGAUGGGGUAUGAAAAGACAAAGAUGGCAGAAAGGAUACUGAAUCAUGCCCUGGGUAUUAUCUACCUGCUGACUGGAGAGGAAUAUGUCAUUGUGAAGAAGAAGACUCCGCACAGUAGCAUUCACCUGGUGACCGGCGAGGUGCCGAUAAAAUGUGGAGAUGUUUCAGUGUACUUCUCAAUGGAGGAGUGGGACUACAUAGAAGCACACAAGGAUAUUUACACAGAAAUGAUGAUAGAGGAUCGUCAGUUACAUAGUAAGAAGGAAAUCCCCACAAAGCAGAAACCAGGAACAGACGCCAAGUCUGUGAACAGUUCAGAAAGCGAAAAGAGAGUGCAAAAAGGAACAGGCGCCAAGACUGUGGACAGUUCAGAAAGAGAAAACAGAUUGCAAAAAGAAGUCGUUAAUGAAAAAAUAGAAACGAUAUUAAUAAGUGAGGAAGGUGAAUGCGAUUCUGAUGAAGAGGACAUUCAGGUGGUGGAGAUUGAUCCAGACAACUGUGCAGAAGGACUCCAAGGAGAUACCAACACUAUAUCAAGCCACAGAGCUGAACAGGACAUUGAAACUCUUGAUAUCGCUGCAGACACCGGCAGAGAUGGACCGAUGAGCAAGAAAUUGUCAGAAGAAUCCCAUGUGGCAGAGUUCAUACAGGAAGAUGGUACGGUCCAGCCCUCUGGAUUUCAAGAGAACUUUGGAGGAAUGCCUUCUAACCUGUUAGAUUCACUUCAAAUCAGAAAUGUUACAUCUACAUAUAGAUCUUAUAAAUGUGAACAAGCCAUACGUGCUUUAAAUAAGACCGUGACUAGUGACCGCAUUGAGGUCCCUUUGAAAACGAAACAUGCAGUCAGUGGAUGUGCAAAGAGUUCCACUGGAAUGUUGGCUUCAGCAGAUCGUCCUGUAUCCGCUCUCGGGAAGCCUUAUGCUUGCAAUGACUGUGGGAAAGACUUUGAUUAUAAAUCCAAUUUAAUUAAACAUCAGCGAGCCCAUGCGGUUGAGAAGCCUCUUGGUCGUAAUGAAAGCACGGUCCAGUCUGGGACCAAACCAAUUUUUUCUGUUUAUCAAAGGACAAAUAGUAGUAGGAAACGUCAUCGAUGUAACUUGUGUGGGAAACAGUUUACCUACAAAUCUCAAUUUACAACGCACCUCAGAACACACACCGGAGAGAAACCCCACAGCUGCAAUCAAUGCGGAAAGAGGUUUGCAUACAAAUCGUAUCUCAUCACACAUCAGAGGAUUCACUCAGGGGAGAGGCCACACAUUUGUCCUCAUUGUGGGAGGUGCUUCACAGAUAAGUCAAAUCUACGUAAACACCAAAGUACUCAUUCAGAAGAGAGACCUUACACUUGCCUUAAAUGUGGAAAACACUUUUAUUCCAAAUAUAAUUUUACUGCCCAUCAGAGAAUUCACACAGAGAGGCCUUCUCAGGACAACUAGCUACAAUAAGAAAAGGUGUUUAUAAUAUAUAGGUACUGUGUAUAUAUAAUGGGACAUUAUGGCAGGGCACAUAUGCAACACUACAUAGUUACAGUGUUUCUGCAGGCACUCUUUGUGUGACCACUGAAACUGUUAAAACAAAAAAAAAAAGAAAUCCUGUUUUAUGGAUUUAUUGAAUAGACUGCAUCGGCAAUACCUCCUGAGCGGUAUCAGGGAAGGGAGAGAUACGGUUAUGGAGAUAAACUAGGAGGGAUAGAGACUGUCUAAAGAAAAUGGUUGUUUUAGGAAUGUCUUGGCAACAGAAGACUACUUGUGGUUGGUUGUGUAGUAGGUAACUUCGUACAGACCAUGCUAAUAUUAAUAGAGAGAGUCUACAAUAGUAUGAUGAGUUCAUAUGAAGUGAUGCAUGUAUCAUUUAUUUUUCUCGUUGGAUGUUUUUUUUUUGUGGAAGACAGACGGCUUAGGCUGGCAACAUGGGCUACACUGAGGUAUAUUGUAAUGUGUGAAUGGUGGGGAGCCACCUCUGUUGUCAUUCAUAGAGUCUUGACGUUUUCUUGAUUUGGAAUUACUAUGGUUGAGAGUUAGCCUGUUUAGAGUAGGGGUGAAAGGGCUGGCAGAGACGCCUAUUAUUUUGAUUGCAGUAAAUUUUGCAUUCAAAAUAU